UAACAGUUAACUUCUCCACAAGUGGGAAAAAUAUGUUGAACUAAACAGAGUUAGGGAAAGCAAGCUGGAUUUCCUAAGCACAUACAAGUUGCAUUAACUGGGCUUAUUCCUUGGCACCGGGAGGAGAAAUUAGAAAUAUGUAGGAGCUGUGCGUGUAAAUCCACAAGAUUCCUCUGAGGGGUUGAUCGUCGGUGGGAGGAUUGUACCAAAGUGCGACUUGAGGAGCAGCUUAUUCAUGCAAAUUUAUAAAAUCAUAGGCGUGCCUUUGGGCGAUGGAGUCACAGCCGGAAAAACAAACCCCCUCCUGGAUCAUCAGCUACCUUCAAAGACUGUGAUGCGCAGCGCUCGGACGCAUUGACAGCGGCUCCGGAGCAAAUGUUUUAAAAGCUCAGAGAAAGAGAAGAGAAAGUUAGGGCUCGGUUUUAUUUCCACGCUUCUGUUGACUGGCUGUGCUUCUUCCUCAACCACCAGCUCCGCUGCUGCGCCACUGGAUCUCCAACCACAGGCUUAUUGUGCGAACUGUAACGCGCCGCCGCAACUACCACUCCUUGCCUUGGCUGUUUAAUCGUUUUUUGUUUUUUUUUUUGUUUUUUUAUUUUAUUGUUAUAUGUUUACAGUCAACACAGAAAAUUUCAAAUCCUGACAGAACCCCGAUACGGAUGAAGUUAAAGUCGCUCUACUUCACAGAAUUUGUGCGUAAAGACGCCUCCGCUGAUUAGUUCCUUUUUUUUUAGAAAACUAUUUAAUUUGAUCUUUAAAAUAACUCAAUCAAUCAAUCAAUUAAUCAAUAAAUCGCUGUGGACUUCUCUCGCGCCACCAUGUCAGAGGACGACAGUAGCUCCACCACCAGCUACAUGUCUGACACAGACGGCAGCAACGUUAGCGUCCUCAACUGGGAGCAAGUGCAGCGGCUGGACGCCAUCCUGACGGAGACCAUCCCGAUCCACGGCCGCGGAAACUUCCCCACUCUGCAGAUGCAACCACGGCAGAUCGUGAAAGUGGUGCGCAGUCGGAUGGAGGAGAAACAGAUCCACGUCCGGGAUGUUCGGUUAAACGGCUCUGCAGCCAGCCACAUUCUGCACGAGGAUAGCGGACUGGGCUAUAAGGACCUUGACCUCAUAUUUUGCGCAGACAUGAAAGGUGAAAGUGAUUUCCAGACUGUGAAGGACAUAGUUUUGGACUGUCUCCUGGAUUUUUUACCCGACUGUGUGAAUAAAGAGAAAAUAACCCCGUUAACGUUAAAGGAAGCCUAUGUGCAGAAGAUGGUGAAGGUGUGCAACGACUCAGACCGCUGGAGUCUCAUCUCCCUCUCCAACAACCGGGGGAAGAAUGUGGAGCUGAAGUUUGUGGACUCUCUUCGGAGGCAGUUUGAGUUCAGUGUGGACUCCUUUCAGAUCAAACUGGACUCCCUGCUGCUGUUCUACGAGUGCUCAGAGAACCCCAUGGCCGAGACCUUCCACCCUACUAUCAUGGGAGAGAGUGUAUACGGGGACUUCAGUGAGGCCCUGGAUCACCUACGUCACAAGAUCAUCUGCACCCGGAACCCAGAGGAGAUCCGAGGCGGGGGUCUGCUGAAGUACUGUCACCUGCUGGUGAGGGGUUUCCGAGCCGCCUCAGAGUCAGAGAUGAAGUCCCUGCAGCGCUACAUGUGCUCACGGUUCUUCAUUGACUUCCCUGACAUCGGUGAGCAGCAGCGCAAGCUGGAGUCAUACCUUCAAAACCACUUUGUGGGCCUGGAGGACCGCAAGUACGACUACCUGAUGACCCUCCAUGGAGUGGUCAACGAGAGUACGGUGUGUCUGAUGGGACACGAGAGGCGGCAGACCUUAGGGCUGAUAGCCAUGCUGGCGGUGCGAGUGCUUGCCGAGCAGAACGUCAUUCCCAACGUGGCCAAUGUUACAUGUUACUACCAACCUGCUCCUUAUGUGGCAGACGGCAACUUCAGUAACUACUACAUAGCACAGGUACAGCCAGUGUUUGCUUGCCAGCAGCCUGCGUACUCCACCUGGCUUCCCUGUAACUGAGACAGCCCUGAGGAAAGGAGGAGGGAGAGAGUGUGAUGUGUUUAGACACGAUCAAGUGGCACAGUCGCCUCCUCAAACCUGCCCAGUGUUUGACAGCUGACAGAAAGAGGGGUCUUCUUCUUCUUAAUGUUUUGCAUCAAAGCUUGUGUUUUUGUUCAUACGUUGAGUAUGAAUGCUAAAUAAAGAACAGUUUGGCUUUCAAUUCAAGUACUUAUCUCAAUGUGAAUAUCUCACAUUUUUCCAAACACGCAACAUCACCUGAUCCUGCCCAGACCAAUUAGGUUUGGAAAAAGACUCAUUUGGGCAGCUUGGAGGUAAUGGCUAAAUGCAAAUACGUGACAGCUUUUAAUGCAAGCAGCAGAACUGUCAUCGAGACUCUGAGAGACUGAUUGAAUCUGUCAAGAGCUGAUUAGCCAGCAGCAGACCGAACGGCUGCAUCAGUGUCCUGAAGUCGACAGCUACUCCAGGCCAGCUUU